UUAGUGGCACUAGUCAUCCUAUUCAUGUUCUUCACAGCUUUGGAAGCGAAGGUGGAUUCUCGUGCGAAUUAGACGAAUGUAGGGAGGUUUCUAAAACAGCGAGAAGAAGCGGGAAUCCAAAUUUUACUUGCUGUCAUUUGAAAAGCGUGCCGUACGUUUCGGAACCAUUCAAAGGGCCACCUAAAAUUACACGAAGAGCACUCGAAGAACUAAUUGUUAAAAUGAAGUGGCUUAAACAAAGCAGAGAACAAGAAUGCCUUCAAGCACAAAUGGUAGCAGAAAGUGCAAGCGCGCCGCUGAUUGUCGAGUUUUGCAACAAAAACGAAACUUCAAACAGAUUUCGCCACUUCUCAGUAUAUGUAGGAGAAGUACACCAUUAUUCCCGAUUUAAAAGAGUGGUAGUGUCGUUCGAUAUUACUUUAAAUAAAUGGUCUUGCGGUUGCUGCCGUUUGAAGGUCACCUGCGUCCAUAAAGCUAUCGGAAAGUGGUAUCUAUAUCAGGUGAGACCAGAUGAUUUGUCCAAUGACAGUACACCACAAGAAUCAGAAACCGCGGCAAUAAACGACUACGGAAACGAUGUCAGUGAAAGUGAAUCGGUAGAUAAUCCAGCCGAAGAAGAGACUCUUUUUGUAAACGUUGGAGAGUACCCCCCAAACGAUUUACAGCUAACCAGAAUGGUAGAAUACAUAUAUUCAGCGAAGAAAAUUCCGCCAUCUCUACCACGAUCAUUGACACAUGAUGCUGAUGUUCUGUCCUUUCCACGUGUUCUGGUACCAAUAGAAGAAACGUGCUGCAAUUGCGAAGGUAUUGCCCUUAGCAAAGAGAAAUUGAUUACACGGAAAGGAAAGAUAUUUACUUUAACCAAAGUUAUUGAAGAUGUUGAACUAUGUUACAAAUCAUGUCCACAAUGUGGACUGAUAUACCGAUAUCAGGAGUAUACGGAUGGGCUUCAUAACUUUGACGAUUACCAUUGCUUUAGUCUAAGCUUCCUGUUGCUGUUACGAGCAUUUGUCGAGGAGCAUACAGCAUUAGGAAGAGUCGCAUCAGCAGUUGGUAGCACUGCCGGAGUGAAACUUAAUCAAACCGUUGUGCGAAAUGCUUACUAUCACUUCGAAGCUCUUACUGAACACAUAUACGAUUUUACAUGUGUGCUCUGCGGAAAUCACCCUCCACAUCUAAACUGGGAUCUCUGCAAGAAAGGGUGUUUCUCAAUCGCACUUAGCGAUCUAGAUAUUCCACCUGAAUGUGACGACUCAGACCGUGUAAGCAUUAGAGAGUUCUGGAAAAGUGUUGAAGUGAUGCAUUUAGCAAGAGGUGUAAACGCGAACAAGAGUUCCUCAUUUCAAGUGAAGGCCAACUACCAGUUCUGGGCUCCAUGGAUUGGUCCGCACACAAGAAAAGGGGACAGUGCAUAUAACACGGAGUACAGAAAGUGUCAUAGAAUCCCAGAAAGUGACCAGGUGCUUGAGGAUAUGAAUUUAACAACAUAUUCUGAAGAGGAUCUACUGGACAUGAUGAAUUUUGCGCAGGUCCAUGUGUUGCAGAGGUUGUGUGGUCAGCUGGGAGCGAAAGGCAGUUCACAUCUACCCAAAAACGACGUUAUAUCAUUCCUGAGAAAGAAGUUGAAUGUACCAACACACUACAAAAAGAUAUUUACAAAGAUAUGGGGAGCGUCGGGUGGAUGGGCGUCAGGCUCUUGUCCGCACAACAGAAUUUAUGCGAUCAAGUUCGUCCUCAGAAGCGAGGGACCGCGGGAUUAUUCAGACCUUCUUCGAUCUUUUAAGUAUCCACCUACAUUCAACGUAUCUGACAUCCCACAAAGACUUGCCCACCUGAUGAAUCGACUUGAGCCAGGUUUUUUCAAUCCUAACGAAGGAAAACCCUUUCCUUCAUCGGACGAAAAUAUCCGACUGGCGACAGAUGGCAAACUGAAAAAACACUUUCCAUGGUGGACAUGUUCAGCACUUACCAAUGCCAACGCUGGUUUAACGACUGAUGACACACAUCCAAUGACAUGA